UGUCGAAGAAACUCUGAGCGUUAGAGUUGGGGGGCAAUAGAAGAAGAAAUGUUAGUGAUCCUUUCGGAUCUGGAGAUGUUAUUCGUGUAGAUUUUGUGCGACAGAAAUCCAAUCAUGAGAUGAAUGAUUUGGGUUUUUGAGAAGAAAAAAAAAAUACAAUUUAUCAGUUCUCGUUUUGGCGUUUUUUGCUUUAGUUUAAUGAUCCAAAUCUGACACCAUGAGGAAGAAGCUCGAUACGAGAUUCCCAGCUGCUCGCAUAAAAAAGAUAAUGCAAGCUGAUGAGGAUGUUGGGAAGAUAGCACUGGCUGUGCCUGUUUUAGUUUCUAAGGCAUUGGAGCUGUUUCUGCAAGACCUUUGUGACCGUACUUAUGAGAUAACCCUCCAGAGAGGAGCAAAGACUAUGAGUUCAUUGCAUUUAAAGCAUUGUGUACAGAGCUACAAUGUGUUUGAUUUUCUGAGGGACAUUGUCAGCAAGGUUCCUGACUAUGGUCAUGGUCAUGGUCAUGGUCAUUCAGAUGCUACUGCUGAUGAUAGAAGUGUUUCUAAGAGAAGGAAGGCCACCGGGGAUGAGUGCAAUGACAGUGACGAAGAGUCAAAGAGAAGCAAGAUGCAGGAGAUGAGCCAGGCUGGCAGCAGUGGCAGAGGGAGAGGCCGGGGCCGAGGGAGAGGUCGGGGACGAGGUGCUCGCAACAUAGAAAAAGAAUCCUCUCAUCGCGAGGUUGAAUCGGAGUCCGAUGCAGCUCCUCAACAAAGCACGAAAAACAAUUUGAGUCCUGGAGCAUUGGUUGAUAAUGGUUAUGAGUCAAAGGAACAUGUGAAAGAAAAUAAAGAGGGUGUUGAUGUUACUGGUUCAGCACCAUUGACCUUUGACCUGAAUGCCGAUGUAAAUGAGAACGAGGACACAAAAGCUGCAGCGACCACAGUUGUAGCAGCAGGCCAUGCGUCAUCAGCAGAGCCUACUACCGAAACAAAUCAUGAAGAAUAUCCCGGUUGGUCUAUUCCAGAGAUGGACAAGAUGGCCAUUGACCCUCUUCAGCUUAGCAAGCGGUUGGACGAGGACGAGGAGGACUAUGACGAAGAAGGGUGAUCAACCAUUUGAUGAAGCCCUUGUAGGUAUAACAACUGGGUAUUGUUUCCUUUUGUCAUAUGGUAGGUAGUAAUCACUAGGGUAAGAAGCACAAAGAAUUGGCACCUCAUCCUCAUAGGUGGUAGGAAAUGCUCCUAAGUUGGAUUUCAUUUUUUGUUUUAGCGCUCUGCGUUCGUAAUGGUUACUAUAUGUUCAUCAUAGCAUUUGCUAACAGCCUUUCUGAAUGUAGAUUUCUAUGACUUAUCUUGUAACCUCAAUUUGUGUAAUUUCACCAGCUCAAUGUAGGAAGGUUGCUAGCCUCACAUAUUGAGUUGUUCUUAUUACU